AGCGUUGCGCACACUGUUUUCAAGGCAUCUGUGAAAAUUGCUCGAAUCGAAAUUUAUAAUCGCUUCCCCAUUGAUUUUGUUGUGGCAGCCGAUUUGGAGCACUUCGCCUAGCCCUAGUCUGAACCAACCAUCACACAUCCCAGCGCCAUGGGCUCCCGUUCACGCACCCCCAGUCCGUCGGGCAAGCGACGCCACCACAAAAGCAAGCACAAAAAACGCAGUAAGUCCCAUCACGACCACGAGCGGCCCAGCACCCGGACGGAUAGAGACAAAUCCUCGGAGGUGAACAACCAUGGGCGCCACCGCGAGCGGGACAGGGAUCGCGAGCGGGACAGACACCGCAGCGACCGGCACACGGAGCGCGACUACCGCCACUCGCCCACGAUCCUCAAGUCCCGGAAGCGCUCCACAUCGUCGAGCAGCGACAGCCAGUACUCCGAGCAGGAGUCGCAGCGCAGCAAACAGAAACGCAGCCGCUUCAAGAAGCUGGACGAGCAAAACCUGCUGCAGGUCGAACGCCUGGCCGAGAUGGAGCGGCAGCGGCGGGCCAAGGAGGUCGAACAGAAGACAAUCGAGGAGGAGGCCGCCAAGCGCAUCGAGAUGCUGGUAAAGAAGCGCGUCGAGGAGGAGCUAGAGAAGCGGCGCGACGAGAUCGAGCAGGAGGUCAAUCGACGCGUCGAGACCGCCAAGGCCGAGAUGGAGCGCGAAAUGAUGCUGGAGCUGGAGCGGCGGCGCGAGCAGAUACGCGAAGAAGAACGCCGGCGCGAGGAGGAUGAAAAACAGAAACGCGAAGAGCUCGAAGAAAUUUUGGCCGAAAACAAUCGCAAAAUCGAAGAGGCGCAAAGAAAACUGGCCGAAGAACGGUUAGCAAUAAUUGAGGAGCAGCGCCUUAUGGACGAGGAGCGGCAACGCAUGCGCAAGGAGCAGGAGAAGCGCGUUAAGGAGGAGCAGAAGGUCAUAUUAGGCAAAAACAAUUCCAGGCCCAAGCUUUCGUUCUCCCUGAAACCGGGAGCAUUAUGAGAUGCGUAGGCAUUAGUCCGGUGCCCGUCGCACCAUUUCUUGUUAACAGCUUUUGCUUUUUUUUUACCUCAGCGGCUUGCCUUUUUGCCUGCGCCCAGGAUCAUCCGGCUCGUUUUCAUUGUUGUCAUUGUGUUCUAUAUUAUUUUAUUAGUUUAAGGACGAGCGAUGGUGUUAGGGGCAGGCAAGGCGAAGCCAAUAGAUUCAAAGUUUUUUCAAAAUUGCCAAUUACUGAACAUAUACGGCUCUUUAUAGUACAAUACGCUAGCGAUUUACUUAACCUUUUCUACAUCAAGAAUUCAUAUGUGAGACAAAUGAUUAUGUGUAGUGCGUCGUAUUGUUGUCACAGCUGAACAAUUAACAAAAAAACCAAAAAGAGAUGAUGUCAGUGAAAUACAUAUGUAAUCUAUUUGCAAUUUUUUGAUAUUUCAAGAAAACAUAUAACGCAACUGAAAUCAAUAAUAAAAACUUUAGAAAUGCCAACAAGGGAA